AUGACGACCGCGUCCCCCUCGCAGGUGCGCCAGAACUACCACCAGGACUCGGAGGCCACCAUCAACUGCCAGAUCAACCUGGAACUCUACGCCUCCUGCGUCUACCUGUCCAUGUCUUACUACUUUGACCGUGAUGAUGUGGCUCUGAAGAAUUUUGCCAAAUAUUUUCUUCACCAAUCUCAUGAGGAGAGGGAACAUGCUGAGAAACUGAUGAAGCUGCAGAACCAACGAGGUGGCCUCAUCUUCCUUCAGGACAUCAAGAAACCCUACCGCGAUGACUGGGAGAACGGGCUGAAUGCAAGGGAGUGCGCCUUAAACUUGGAAAAGAGCAUGAAUCAGUCACUACUGGAGCUGCACAAACUGGCUAGAGACAAAAACGACCCCCAUUUGUGUGACUUCCUGGAGACUCAUUACCUGGAUGAGCAGGUGAAAUCCAUCAAAGAACUGGGUGACCAUGUAACCAACUUGCGCAAGAUGGGGCCCCCUGAAUCUGGCAUGGCCGAGUAUCUCUUUGACAAGCACACUCUGGGAGACAGUGACAAGAGCUAAGCUGAGCCUUAGGCUGGCUUCUCAUAGCCAGGGGGUGACUUUCCUGGUCACCAAGGCUGUGCAUGCCUGUUGGGGUUACCUUUACCUUUUCUAUAAGUUGUACCAAAACAUCUUCUUAUAGCUUUCAUUUGUAUCAUUCCUUCAAACAAAACAAUUUGAUACCCGUAAAAAAAAAAAAAAAAAAAAAAAGAAAGAACAGGUGUCUAUCAAAGGGCACCUUAGGAGAAGAAUGUACAAGUAAUAAUCUGUGAAAGAUUUAUAACAGGAAGAUAAUGUUCAGAACACUUGCAGUAUGAACAGAUGAUUCAUUAAAAGUGGAUAAAAGAUAUUAAUUAAUAGGCAUCUUAGAGAAGGAAUAUAGAUGUUCCAUAAAUUUAUUUCUAAAAAUGUUAAGCUUUAGUAGUAGUCAGGACUCUAGUAAUAAAAAUUCAACUCAAUUCCAGAACAUAGCCACAUUUUUGCCAAAAUUAAAAAUUGUGUUCAAUGUUAAUAUUAGUGUGAGUAUAAAUGAUAAAACACUCACUUUGGUGAUUUUCACUAAAAAUAUUUCAGCACAGUUAUGCUUUGUCAUCAAGCAAAUGCAUUCCCAUGUGUAGAGGCUAAAGUAACUUUGGCAUAUUUGCUUCAAGAGAUAUUUACAAGAUAUAUUCUUAUCAAAAUUGUGAUAGCAAGAAAUUGGAAACAAUCUAAGUAUAUUUAUAUGUUGCUUAAUGAUGGGGAUACAUUCUAAGAAAUGGACUAUUUGGUUGUACUUACACAAACCUGAAUGGUAUAGCCUACUAUGUAUCAUCUAGAUGCUAUAUAAGAAAUAUUAUCUUUGGUUUGUCAUUGACAGAAAUGACAUUAGGCGUGUAUGACUUACUGAGCAGAGCCAAGUUAUGGAGAAUGCUUUUUCACAAAUCUCCAAAACAAAUGACACACAUAUAUAUAGGCUUCCUUACGUGGGUGGUAAAAUGAAAGUCAAGUGAAUGACUUAUACCCUCUUCAAGAUAGUAGUUACCUCUUUGUAAGUAACCACUCUCGUUUGGGUAAAACUUUAGUCAACUGGUGGCGUUCACUUAAUUAGUCUGAUGGUCACCUAUUAGCUGUUUUUAAAAUUAUUUUCUAAGCUAUAUGUAUUCAAAACCCCAUUAAAAUUAAAUAUCAAAUUAAUUGAAAUAUUAUGAUAGAUAACAAAUUUUAAUAUAAAAAUAGUACAUGUAUAUGAAAUAUAAAAUGCCAUUGUGGGCCAGGUGAUUGAGUUAGGCUAG